AUGGCAGCAGUUUUGGAGAACGAUGAAGAUGGCGCGCUGAAACUUGCUGUACGACCAAAUGCUCUUUCAGCGCGAAACUUUCUCGGUCAGUCCGCAUUGCACCUCAGUGUCGCAUACCCAAAGCUGUUAGCCAAACUUUUGGCAUUCUACGAAGACCUGGGUGUUGACAUGCCAGACAAUGUCGGCGCUACCCCUCUCAUAUACGCAGCCUGUUACGGGAAGGCAGAUUCGAUUAUAAGCCUUCUUCGGGCAGGCGCCAAUCCUUGGAUCAAGGAUCGAACAUACAAACUUAAUUUCAUGGACUGUGCAAUAUUCACUAGACACACCAAUGUUCUUGGAAAGACAGUUGAGGAGACCAAGAACUUGUACGCUGCCACGAAUUUUCAAAACAUCUUGAAUUACAUUAUUCGCAACCUGAUAUUUCCCCGUCGCCCUGCCAACGUACCCAAGCGGUGUGACUACCUCCGGCAAUUUCUGUCUUUUGGUGGCGAUGCCAAUACUACCUAUGGGGACAAUUCAACACUGCUACAUCAUGUUCACGAGCAUGAAGAAGUUGAGCUACUUUUCGAAUAUGGAUUUGAUCGAAUCAACCAUGCCGAUGAUGAUGGAGUAGUUCCACUUAUGCGGCUUUUGCUGUCCAACCGUCUUCAUAUUGUCAGGAACUGUCUGCGCAAAGGCGCAUCGACCUUGUCUCAAGACAUGCAUGGCUGGACGGCAAUGCAUCAUGUUGUUAAGCGUUUCGAGCAGAUGCAUCUAUCCCGAGACACCUUUUGUUCUACAUAUGCGCAUACCAUCGCAUCAAUCAAGAUGCUCCUUGAGCAUGGCGCUGAUCCACGAACAACGGAUCACUGCCGAUGUGCUUGCGGUAUCGAUGGGUGUUCUCCAUCCACCUUUCUUGCAGGUAGUGUUCGAUACCGGCCGCUCGUACCUAGUGUACAGCUUCUAGACUGGGUUCUGCUUGUGCAGGAAAGGACUUCAGAACUGCUUUUCAAAGAAGUUCUCAUCCAAGCUUUGCGGGCUACGCGAUUCAGAUACGUGGGUCUUACGCAUGUGUGCUGCGGUCAGUCUUUCAGUCCUCGAAUCCUGGAAGAAGCCGAUAUUAAGGAUACCUUGGACGAAGAAAGAGCCGAGAUACAAGAAUUCAAUGAAUCGCUCGAGACGCUCACUUGGCUUGACGCAAGUAGUCUUAUGGAAGCAUUGAUCCAAGAGCAGGUUCAGCAUUGCUGUGAUCUCCGAAAUGUCGUCACCGAUCCUCCAAAGGGUUCAUUUCGUAUAAAAUACGACGCGAUGUAUAUCAAAGACUACUUGGAGUGGAUUGACAGCAUUUAUCGCUCACCGAAAUACCCACGGUUUGAUCAAGAGUGGCGAGGAAAGAGGAUAUACUGGGUUCUUCGACUUGAGCAGGCAAUUCUUGACCGUGUUCAGCGGGCAUCCGAGUCCCCAGACAGCGUGGGUGACAGCAAAAGCCUACCAGAAUGGCACGACAUAGAUUUGGAGAACUGUUUCUAUGGGGUCGAUGUAUGCCUGACGAUUCUGAGGCUGAUGUGGGGACAAGUGUCUAUGCGAUGUCUUGUUGUCCUUGGACUAUACGUCGUGAUAGAGAUGAUUUAUCAAGGGUGGUAG